GAAAGAAGGGGGAAAAUCUUUAAUUAAGCAGAUAAUCUCUUGUUGGGCCAAGAGCAGCUCCAUUUCAGAGCGCCCUCCUUGAAUCUCAGAAGCCCCGGUGAAGUUUCAUGUGCUGGUAGCUCAGUCACCUCUCCAUCGUUAGACUGUCUGCAGGCUUUGGAUCAGAGUCACCCCCUCACCUGUCAGGAUGUUCAUGCAUUUGGAGGUUUUCUAUUACAUUUUCAUUCUCCUGACUCACAUGAGGUCGUCCUGCUGCUGGUCAGUGAAUAAUUUCUUGAUGACUGGACCCAAGGCGUACCUGAUCUACUCCAGCAGUGUGGCAGCAGGAGCGCAGAGUGGCAUAGAGGAGUGCAAGUAUCAGUUUGCAUGGGACCGCUGGAACUGCCCCGAGAGAGCCCUGCAGCUGUCCACACACAGCAGCCUGCGCAGUGCAAAUCGGGAGACAGCGUUUGUUCACGCCAUCAGCUCCGCCGGAGUCAUGUACACUCUGACCAGGAACUGCAGUCUUGGAGACUUUGACAACUGUGGCUGUGAUGACAGCAGGAACGGACAACGAGGUGGUCACGGUUGGCUCUGGGGUGGAUGCAGUGACAAUGUUGGCUUCGGCGAGGCCAUCUCCAAACAGUUUGUUGAUGCGUUGGAGACUGGGCAGGACGCACGGGCAGCCAUGAAUCUCCACAAUAACGAGGCUGGGCGCAAGGCUGUGAAGGGGACCAUGCAGAGGACAUGUAAGUGCCACGGGGUGUCCGGAAGCUGCACCACUCAGACCUGUUGGCUGCAGCUGCCAGAGUUCAGGGAGGUGGGCAACUACUUAAAGGAAAAGUACCAUAGGGCUCUGAAGGUGGAUCUUCUCCGAGGUGCGGGUAACAGCGCGGCCAGCCGGGGGGCCAUCGCUGAGACCUUUAGCUCCAUCUCUCGUAAGGAGCUGGUUCACCUUGAAGACUCCCCCGAUUACUGCCUGGAAAACCGCACUCUGGGCUUGCCGGGCACAGAGGGCCGUGAGUGCCUCAAGAAGGGCAAGAACUUGAGCAAAUGGGAGAAACGGAGCUGCAAGAGGCUUUGCGAAGAGUGUGGGCUGGCUGUGGAGGAGCGCAAAGCUGAGAUGGUGUCGAGCUGUAAUUGUAAAUUCCACUGGUGCUGCGCGGUGAAGUGUGAGCAGUGCAGGAAGACAGUGACCAAGUACUUUUGUGUCAAGAAAGGAGGUCAGAGGGUAAGGAAUGAGAGUGCCAGUAGCCGCCGGAAGAACCUCAGACUGAGGAAGAAGCACUGAGCAUCUUCAUCACUUCUCCCCUGCUGUCAUCAUAUUUGUACAACAACACCCAAACUCUCUGUACAUGUUCAGAUAGUCUUAUGGAUAAAAGCUUAGCAAAAACACAUGUUCAGAACAUCUUCAUUGUCUAUUUUCUAUUAAAGAUGUUGAAGAAAGUGGAAUGUGCACAAAGUCACAUGAUAGAGAAGUUUACAACUUUGUAGAAUUUUUGGUAUAAAUGUAUUUAAAAUAUAUUUUUAUACUUUUUACAACACUUUGAAAAGUCACUGGGCAUUUCAGGAGUAUUUCUCCAGCUUCAAAAUUCCCUGAUUUAUUUAUUUUCAUACAUACACAAAAAUCUUUGGAAAACAGUAUUUUACAAAUUAUUAGUUUUUGAGUGAUGGAUGAUCUGAUUGCUAAGACACAGCAGAAUUAGCUUUUUAAAUCACAACUUCUGAGAACCCGUUGGUUUUGUUCCCAUGAAUACUUAAGACUGUCAGCCUACAGCG